GAAGUGUACCUCUACCUGUACUUUAUCAAGUUCUUCGUCUUGUUUCUCUAUAUAAACUUUUUCGUUUUUGAUCCUGGUAAGCGCUGUCCCUUCCUAUGUUGAAGAUGUUGCCUUCACGCUUUCUAGCGGCCUCCUGAUCGCACCACCAACAGAGAAGAAUUAGAAGUAGCCUGCCACUAACGCUAUGCCGCUGAUCGCCUACUCCACGGAGUACACCGUGGACUAUGGCCGGGCCCAGCAGGCUGGCGCGGCCGUCCUGGGCAACGCCGCGAUUGCGCCGGUUGCCGACAAGUUCCGGGCGGGCUAUGACAAGGUAAUGAACGCGAUCUCCGGGGCCGUCUGCUCCAACCAAGACCAGCUCCUGGCCGACCCGGUGAUCCGGAGCACCUGGCUGCAAUCCGGGUUGGACCCCAACAUGCAAAUGACAGAUUCCGCUGCCAACGGGAUCUGCGGCCCGGCACCCCAUAUAGACGAGCACAUGGCGCGAUCUCUGUCAAUACCCCGGGAGUGCAAGAACUACGUGGUGCUGCGGGCGCAGGCGGGUGAGUACGCAAAGUCUUCGAUGAUGGCGGAUCCUGUGACUGUCGACGAGGAAAGAGACAGCGCGGAACAGGCAGCAGAGCAGGAACUUGAACAAAAGGAAGGACACGAUGCAAAGCACGGUAGCGCAGCUGGAGAUGAUAGUACCUCGGUGGGUGCUGCUGGUGCAGCAGAAGGUGGAGGGGCUGGAACAGACGGCGUUAAGCAGGACGCACCAGCGACAGGAGCUGGGACAGAUGGUGCGGCGCAGACUUCUGAGCUCGAACUUUCGCGGGUUUCUAAAGUGCGCGGAACUGGUGGCGGUAGUACAAGCUUGUUAUCUUCCGGGGGUGGUCGAGAACAAGAUGGAGAUGGUUUUUAUGCUGUAAAAACAAGUGGCUCAACAGAUGAAGCACGUCGGUCCACUUCGUCCUUCGCAGAUGGCGGGGACAGCGGGAAGAACCCAGACGAAAUGAAAAACGGGGACACUGGUGGCGGGGACGGCAACGAUGAAAAUCAAAAACAAACUGCUGAACAAGAGAAACCUCAACAAGAACAACAAUUGGACCACGACCACGUCGAGAACCAGCAAAAAAAUGAAAAGCAACAGCACGCCGCAGCCGUUCUCGAAGAGGAGGCCAAGGAGCAAGAGAUCUCCGUAACGGACGGCCAAGUCGCGGAAGAGGAACGGCAGGCAGAGGAAAGUUUGAAGGCGGAAAAUACCCAAGAUGAAAAACCCCCGACAAUCGAGGAGAUGUAUGAGCACGACGUGCCGCCAAACGUGAAACAGCAGCUCCUUGACGAACUGGUGAACAUGCGCGCUUUCGUCGCCCAGGAGAAGCUCGCGGGCUACGAAUACCGAAAGUUGGAGUCUUUGGAAAAGCUGUUCCGUCGGAACGAUGAGUUCUCCGUGCUGAGCAAACCGAAGAAUUUCGAUGCAUUUUAUCCAGUGCAAAUAUGUCUGGGUCUGGAAGAAUGCAAGGUUUGUCAUGCAGGUUUUCCAUGACCCAGGAGGCCUGGAAUGCAGCACGUAGCAUGACAAAUUCAGUGAGAUCUCUAUCUUGCCUAUCCUGCAUGAGAAAUUCCCUCUCAACUGGGUAAAAAAGGACGGCUGUUGGUAAUCACGCAGUACAGAUUAACUGCAUGACUCAGAUUUAGUAUGACAAGUUCCAACCUUCCAGACAUAUUUGCAAUGCAUACAUUUUACGAAGAUUUGAAAUCCAAGUUCGGCGAGGAGAGCACCGAGCCGCAGUUUACGGUGAAAGUUCCCGGCUUGGGGUUUGACCCGGGCUUCAAAAUGCCCGAAAUCAGCGUGCAGCAGCCCGAUUGGCUGCUGCAAAUUACCGCACCAGCGCUGGCCGCUCUGAAACUCCAGGUGGAUCUGCAGCCGCCGGAAUUUUACGACUUCAUGCUCGACACGUUUGGCAUCGACAUGAAGUUGAUGAAGCUCAACAUCGACGGCCUGCAACUCGCCUUGACCCCGCCUUUGACGUUUGGGAAGCUGCAGGCGUGGGUGGACGGCCUCGAGGCGCCCGGGGUCCCGGGGCUGAAGGCGCCGGGGGUGCACAUGCCGACGCUGGAGAACUUUUUGCCCGCGUUGAAGAAUUAUUUCGGCGGCUUGGAGAAGCUCCUGGACAUCAACUUAUUGUUUGAAAACCCAUUGGAAUAUCUGAAGGCUUUGUCCCUUCCGGAGGAUUUGCUGCCCUCGUUGGAAAAAUUCAAGAUGAACAUGGGCGAGACCACCGACUUGUUGAACCAAGACUUCGCCGGGGGUAGUGGCGCCUUGCAGUCCGCGGCGGGGAGUGCGAGUCAGGGCAUCAGUAGCGCCCUCGGGGGGCAGAUGGGCGCCAUGUUUGUCGAGCUGGCGCGGACACGGAAUCUUCCGAUGGGAGGGAGCGGUGGAAAUACGGUUUUUUUGAAAGAGAUGCAGUACCAGGAUAUUGUGCUUGGCCGGCAACAUAAAAAUCUGCGUCAUGGAAGUCUGGUGGCGGUCCCAGAGGACGAAGUACUACAACAAAGUCCUGGAACUACGACGACUUCGUUUGCAGGCCGUGGCGCAGCAGCGGCUUCUUCGGGCACCAGUACUGUUUCCGUUUCGUCAUUGACGCUUCCAAAGAAGACUGGCACGGCCACCAACCAGGACAGGAGCCGAGAGCAUCAUGAUUCUGCUUCUAGUCAUAAAGGUGAACCUCUCACAAAGCCAAAGCAUUACGACCACCAUCACCGUGCCCGCCAUCCACCCCCAGGUCUGGUCCAUAACCGCGCCAGGUUCAUCCGCCCCCACUCGUAUUCGAUACCGGGAAAGCAGCUCGUCGAGCUGGCUCAGAGACGAAGGACAAAACACGACGACGCGGCUUCGCAAAGCGGAAACAAGAUGUCCGCUCCGGGCACGAGUUUUGACGAUCAAGGAAGCACUGACAAGCAGAAGGAACAAGCCCCUGCUGCUGCUCGUGUGGACCCGAAAACGCUGACCGAUGAGCAGCUUGAAGCGAUGUUUGCGAAGACGGAAGCGCAACAGAAACUCGAUGAAGAGAUCGCCGCGGCUGAAGCCAGCGCGAAACAACACGAGCUCGAGUACGGGGAAGCGAAGCGAUAUAUGCAGUGCCUCGGGGCCAUGUUUAAAGAAGAGAAGCCGGACAACGUGACCCCGUUUCUCACCGCGGUGAAAGCGAAACCUUACCUCAACGGAGAAAAGUGCGGACCCAUUCACCUCCGCGACCAGAAAGAGCUAGAGCAGUUCGCGCGAAAGCACACGGAACGGCUGAUCCGCGCGUACCGCCCGCUGUACGUACGCUGCCGAAAGCACCAGAAUGUCGAGGAUAAGGUUGGGGAGCGGGAAUUCCCGGAGUCGUACAACCGGAACUGGGAAAGAUUUACCAGAACUGACGAAGAAAAAGAGGCGUUGAAAAAACAGGCGCAGGACAAGGCGGUCGAAUCCCUCGAGCGGACAGAGGAACGAGACCUCCUUUUGGACGGGGAGGAAGAUUUUGUGCAGCCGGUGGACGGGGAGCCAGACCGACUGACCGAUAACUUCUCUUUGCUCGCGAAGGAAGUGAAAAAGUGCGAAGAAAGCGGGAUGCUGGACCCAAGUUCCGCGGUGCAAAAAAAGGCGGUGCAACGACUGGUCACCGGGGCGAACAACAUGGUGGGGAUCGGGGGGCACAAGAAAGAUUGCUUGGAGGUACGAGGAAGUACGUGCUGUUGCAUAGGUGUGCACAUUCUCAUUCAGUGGUUGAGCUCGUUUGUAUUGAAAAUGCACGGUUCUGGACGUGGAAGUCGUAGAAAAAAUGGUCCACAAUCAUAAAACCCGAUGAAUUACAACAAACAUCAAAAAUAAAAAAUACGACAUCACAGCUCUACGGCAAAUUUACGGAGGCAGUCCGGCUGCGCGAAACCAUGCCCGGCAACCCGUCGCUGCACGACGCCGACUAUGAAUUGCAAAAGUAUCGUACUCGUAUAAAUGCAUUACAAAUUUCCUCAGCAUGAGAAAUAAAAUUUGUAAUGCGGAUUUGACUUAACAAAAAGAUUUGUAAUGCAUGAUUGCAAUACGAACGCGAUGCUUUUGCACAGGAUACCGACAGCUUUUUCUCGGACCAGGAGCGAGAGAACGCCCAAGUGCUCGUGUCCAAUGCAAAUAUGUCUGGGUCUGAAAGAGUACAAACUUGUGAUGCGCAUUUCAGAACACCGAAUAAAUCAUGCAUAGGCAGCAAAACUUGCCGGCCCACUUUCUGUCACCAAAAUGGGGGAUUUGUCAUGCGGACUCGGCAUUGCGAGCGCUUCUCCUCGAACCCUGUGAUGCUAGAGCUUUCAUGCCACACCUUCUGUGUCAUGCAACAACAGCAUGACUCUUCCAGACCCAGACAUUUUUGCAUUUGAUAGCUUGUGUCUCGCGACAAAGAAGGCCGGUGGGUGAAGGCCCCAGCUGGGGAAUUUCCGGAGUUCCAGGACACUGAUGACGCCGUCGACCACUUUAGCAGGGUUUCCGGCGACUUCGUCGAGAUCCGCAACCCGGACACAGACAUUGCCCGGAUUCCCGCCGCCUGCGCGUCCGCAGACGAGCCCUACGACUUCGAAUUUUGGAUCUCGCAGCCGAAGGGACGGAGCAUUGACUGGCCGGUGUAUGCAGUGCAACAGGAUACUUAGUGUAUGAUCCUACUCGUACGCCUACUGACUGCAGUUCUUAUGCAGGACACAAUACCUGAAGAUCCUGAGUCAGCUUCUGCAUUACAGGCCCCGCAUCUUAAAUGCAUUUCGUACUAGAGUAAGGUGAAAAAACUUUACAUUUUGUAAUGCAUACCGUGCACCAGGAGCAGAUCCAGGCGGAGCGGGACGAGACCCUGGAUUUUGGGAUGCAGCAGUUCAAAAAGUUCGAAAAAGCGACGGAACCGAUCGAGGACAAAGCGAAGGAAAGUUUGAAAUUGUUGGAUAAGGAAGCUAAGAUGAAUAUGGGGCAGAAAAUCCUCGACAGGUACCAAUACGAGUAUGAGAAAGAGGUCGGGGAGUUGUCUUCCGGAGCCACUAACUCGUCCACCGGAACUACAAAUCAAGGCCCUUUAUGCGAGGACGAAUUCUUGCCGUACAACGGAGAUCGCGACCCUGAGAUCGACGACGGCUUCCAGCAUUGUCCUAACCCGGACCGCCCCUUUGUCCUGCCGGGAGAACAAGCGCGCUGCGCGGACCCCGCGGAGUGUGGACCGGGAGACCAGAGUGUGUGCUGCGGUCCAAAAAGCGCCUUGGAUCUGUUCGCAGAGAAGACGCAGUUUGAAAAAUUGAUGCAGGACGAAGACGUGCCCACCGAGGAGUUCGCAGAGGAAGUCCGGCGCUUUGCCGGCAGACACCCGAUGUGGCUCGCGAAAGUAGAAGAGACAGAGCCACCAGACGUCGCAUCGGUUCCUGUUGUAAAUGGUAAGCCGGACAUCAGCGAGACAGUGCAGAAAAUGGACGGAAUUUUGCUGAACGUCAAGGAGAAACGUAUCGAAGUGGAGGAAAUGCGAAAACUAUCCUGUGCAAAAGUAUCGUACUCGUACUAAUUGCAGAUAUGCAUGACAAAUCCAACUUUAUACCUGAAAUAGCAUGACAAAUUGACAAAUUGACUUUUUUUCUUGGGAGAAUUUGUAAUGCAUUUUAUACUACUUAGUACGAUGCUUUUGCAAUGCAUAAAAACACGACAUCGACAAUCUCAUCGGGGAUCGAGACCGGCCGCCGGACUUGACGACUGCGGACAAACACGCCAAGUACCACAGUUUCCGCCGGAAGUUUGAGCACGCGUUCGCACGAGCGCAAUUCACGGCGAAAGAUGUGCUAUGGAAGCUGGAAGAUAACCCGCCACCUCCACCGGAGGUGGACGAUGUUGAAAAAGGGGAAGAUGUUGACGAUGCCCUGAUCGGAAACGAAGGCGACAACGAUGCAGAUGACGAUGCUGGUGAUGAUGCCGAUGCGGCAGACGGGGCGGCGGGAGACAGCGUUGAAGGCGGAGAUGAAGGGGCGGACGCGGGUGGGGAUGAAAAUGAGCCCGGUGGUGAACAAGAGCCUGGUGGUGCCGCCACCUCAGCGUUGCAAAUUUCAAUGUCGAAAGGAAAAGAACAAGCAACGCAUGAUGGGGCUGCUGAUUUCUUCGGCAAAAGGAAAAUUACUAUUACAGAACGGGGCGGGCCUGUAGCAGGAAAUAUGCCGGGACUGGACCAAGUUCAGAAAACAACAACAAACUUUGCGGAUGACACCACUAGUACGGGAGAUGUGAAGGAUGAUGAUGCGGCAGGAGCUGCUGCCGGGGGUGACGACGCAAACAGUACGGGCACAACUGAUGAUGCGAACGGCACGGCAGACGAUGGUGAUGCGGAUGCUGCAACUACCUCAGCCAAUGGACAAGAACAACAAGCUGCUGUCAAAAAUGCCGUGGACUAUGGAAGUGUCAGGAUUGAAAUCGUCAAAGUUGAAAUAGUUUGCGAUGCAUAAAAUGCAACCCACAAAAUGCCUGUCUUGCAGAGUAGGCAAGGGAGGCCGAUUGUGAGCCUGUUUAGGGUUUGAAAUAGAGCUGCUAAAGUGGCAUGACAAAAGCAGUCUCCUGUGCCCAAACAGCAUGACAAAUUGGAUUCCGGUGCUCGGAAAAUUUGUCAUGCGCCGCUUGAUAAGUGGGCUUUCGACUGGUAUUGGUUUUAUGCAUGACAAUAACUAUUUCAACUUUGACGAUUUCAAUCCUGACACUCCCAUAUGGACGAUGCGAAGUCUAAGCCUCCGUUUCAGUUUGUGAACCUGCGCAAAAUCCACCAUCUCGAGAUUCAGAACUCGCAGUGCAAGGCCGGGAAAUACUUCCUGCACUGCGCGCCGAGGGACAUGGAGAAGAAUAGGAAUGAGUACAAGUGCAAAUUUCUGUACCGGAGUCCUUUACCAAGUAACGAAGAAAAGUCCCACCGGACGUACGAAUACCCGCCGAAGCCGGGCGUUAUCUGCAACGACUUCCACACAGAGAAGGAUUGCCCGGGCCUGACGUGCGAGUGGGACGGGAAGAACCAGCGCUGCGGCACGCGGUGCGGGCGGCUGUUCGGGUCGAGGAAACAUCUGUGCACGCGCGUCCGCGGCUGCCAGUGGAACGAACGGAUGGAGAAAUGCCAGAACGUGUGUACCCGCGCCUCCGGGCCGGAAACCUGCUCGGCGGAAGCGUGCACCUUUGACGAGGCACAGAACGUGUGUCGGGACGCGUGCCACACCUUCCCCGACGAGGAGCACUGCGGCAAGCAACUGCAGUCCAGCCACUGCCACUGGGACCCGCAGGUGAACGGCGUGGGAGCCUGCGUCGACAAGGAGGGGUGCCAAAGUCCCCCACAACCAGACUUCUGCCGGGAGAAUUGCGGGUGCUGGGCGACCCGGGUGGAAGGGGCGAAGCAGUGGGAGAAUACUUGUGGAAAUUUGAUCACAAAAGAAAUCCAGGUGAAAAGAUUCAUCAAUGCCGAUCCCGAGUACGUGAAGAAGAUGAAAAAAAUUCAUGGGGAAAAUUGGACUGCACCUACCGACUGGGAGCUGCUGCGCGACGUGGCGAAGCAGAUAAAACAUCAGCACCCGGUCUGCACGUGUCAACAUUGCGGGGGGAAAUACCACGACGGGUACACUUUUAGCCACAAGGGCCACUUUGAGCACGGGUUCUUGUUCGGGCGCGUGGACAAGGAAGCGGACUGCGCGGGGCAUUGUGACGGAGACACCGGGGGCAACUUGCACUGUGUCGGCUUCACGUUUGACCCGAAAAAUCACUGGUGCUAUCUGUACGCGAACAAGAUCGAGGUGCUGGGCCGGAAUAAGCCACAUGAAAUAGCAGCUGAUGUUGACGCAGGAGCUGGGGCUCCUGGUGCGGGGGCUGAUGAUAAUGGUGCAGCAGGAGGAGCUGCCCAACAAGAAGGUGAACAAGAGGGGGGAAUACACAAAGAGCAAGGAGGAGCCGGAGAUGGAACUAAUAAUACGUCGACAGAACAAGGCGGCGACGGAGGUGGUGCUGCACCACCGGCAGGAGGAGAUAACAAUGCUGCAGAUGAGGGGCAGAACCAGGAGAAGGGAGCUACAGGUGGCAAGAAAAAUAACGACGGCGAUACCUCGUCCUCUCAGUUGGAGAUCGGACGCGCUCGAGAAGUGACUGCGUUCGCUGCAGAUGGAGAUGGCGGAAGUGAGACGAAAAAUGGCGGAGAUGAUGAUAAAAAUGCAACUAAAGAUGAAAUAGAUGAGAAGCCCGCUGGUGCAGUUGCAGGUGGUGCGAACGCCGGUGAUGAUGAAAUAGAUGAGAAGCCCGCUCCUGCAGUAGUACAACCCCCGUCCGGGAGCAAUCUGGAGCACUUCCUGAACGAGUACGAAGAUGAGAUGGACGAUGUAGUAGGCUCGGAGACGAGCGGCCCCCCACGUACCUUUCUCAAAUGCGCCCCGCGGUUCUGCGACGUGAAACACCACGACGAUCGCUACGGGGUCGCGGGUGGGCUGUGUCGCUGCCCGGGCAGCGGCCAGUACCACUGGGUGGGUGACGCGAAAACCUUUUGCGGCACCCAGCCGCAGAAACAGCCAAAGUGGACGCAGCGGUUUGAAAUUGAUCACGAACCAGCAGAAGACGGUGAACAAAAUAAGGAUACCGAGGGAAACGAAGAAAAGCCCCCGAAAGAGCCGAAAGUCGACACGUGCAUCGGCGGCCAGACGCUGGGCGACACGUGUCACUUGCUGACGCCGGGGGAUAAACCCCGGAAAUGGAGCGGGAACGCAGUGACCUGCUCCGCUUCGAAAAAAUUCGAAUGGGAAAAGGCUUUUGUCGGGGUGGCCGGGCAACCGAACCGCAAGCCGUGGGUGGACCCGGAGGUGGUGGAGACGAUUUAUGGGAGACAAAUUUUGUUCCGUAAACGACGUACUAUGACAAAUAGAUUUCGCCAACUUUUUCGAAAGUGCCUCUUGUCAUGCGGAAUAGAUUAGCAGGAAAUAAGCGAAAGUCGUGCAAUUUUGCUUAAUGUAAUGCAGAAACCGCAUGGGGAUGGGUGCGUCUGCGUCGUCGUAUGCGGCAAAUUUCUUGUGGAAGCGAUUGGGAAGCAGGAGACCAAGCCCGCGAUUUUGAAGCGCGUCUGUCCCACCUGCGCGCCGCCUUACCGGGAGAUCUUCCUGCGCGUGCACGACCCGACGCUGCGGGGGGACAAAUUUGCGCCGCUCUGGCGGGGGAUCAGCGGGGACACCACGACGGGGGACGAGAAACGAUACCUGAAUCACGACAAUUGGAACGGAAAGGGCGGAAAUUGGAACGUCUCGCUCUUUUCCACCAUGAAAGACGCGAUGGCCUGCCAAAGGGACGAGAACGUACGGGAGCUGCCGGCGCCGGACGCGGUUUUCGGCGACUGGAAACCCUGUCCGGGGUCGUUAUGCAUUGCAAAAGUACCGUACUCGUAUAAAUGCAUUACAAAUCUUCUCAGCAUGAGAAAUACAAUUUGUAAUGCUGAUUCAGCUUAAAAACAAGACUUGUAUUGCAUGACUGCAAUACGAGUGCGAUACUUCUGCACAGGAUAGUCGUGGCAGUUUGGCGACGCGAUGGACGGAGAGGAAAAGUUUCCCUGGGGCGUGGCCCCGUCGGAGGGCGAGCAGAAGGUGAUGAAAGCCGUCAAGGUGAAAGUCGUCGAAGCCGCGAAAGUGGCGGAAAAGGAAGCGAAGUUAGCUGCGAUGACAAAUAGCAGUGAGUUGGAACUCGGCCGGGAGAAGGUCGUGGAUGUUCACGCCUUCGAGGACAAAACUUCCACCGCCUUCGAAGACAACCUGUUUCAAGACGAUGCUGGCCUGUUGCAGGCUUCAUCAGCAGAAGGGUCUUCAGGAGGUGCAGCAACAGGAACAGCUGGAGAAGAUGAACAAGGGCAUCAAGCCGCACCAGCCGAAGAGCCCACCCACGACUCUCCGGAGCCUGCUCCAGCGGAGGUUCCUGGAAAUCCGGCAGGCGACGAGAAUCCGAUAUACGCCGAUCCGGACAGCGUGACCAUCGAAGAACAGGCGGAGCGGCUGGGGCUGACGAAGGAUAGUGACUAUGCACGGCAAAUUUUGAUUUCCCGUACACGCAGUACAACAAGCAUGACAAGAUUAUGCCGCGCCAUCAUGACAAAAGAUGUGCCGCCCCUUUAUAUGGGGCCGCCCUGCCCUUAGCCUUCCAACAUGACAAAAGUAGAUGUGCCGAGCUUAAUAAAGCAUGCCACUUCAUCCUUGUCAACAUGCUGCGUAGGAUUGGAGGAAAGCUGUGUCAUGCAGAAACAGCAUGAUCAGGUGCACCACGUGUAGUACGGGAAAAAACUUCCUGUGGAUAAUCACGUUACCUGGUUUAUUUACCGCGGCCCGCCCACAAAAGAGGAGGAUUUGGAGCCGGCGGGCAACGACUGCGAGAUCUUCUGGAAUAGUAAUUUAGGCCGGUGGCACAUGGCACGAACGUCCGCACUGGACAAGGCCAUGUACGUGAGUCCGCCUGCCACCCACGUUGCGCCUGACAAGCGCGCGUUACUUUUUCCGGUAAACGCAAAUCUCAUCGUGAAACCACCGGGAGGGGAAGACAUGGAGGAGCAACGGGAAGCACAAGCGGGGGCAGGAGCUGCGGCAGCAGACGGCGGCGGAGCGAACAAUGAUCAAGACGGUGUUGAUGUUGAUAACGAUGGAGAUAAGGAAAAUAACAUCCUCGGCGAUGACGCUUCUGACGCAACUUCGCAGUUGGAGGUGGGGCGGGAAAUUCUUAUGAACUACAAGAGCAAAUCUUCCCGGCGUGCGGCUGGUGGUCCAGGAUCCAGGAGAACGCGACAAGAACAACCUCAUCUCUUCAACGAAGAUGGUUUCUUGGAUGGUGACACAGGAAUAUUCGCAAACGAUGCUCUCUACGACAAUCCCGGCUCUUCGAUCCUGCAGGCUGCGAUUUCUGCUAAAAAAGCGAAGGACAAACAGCGGAAAGGCGAUAUGUUAGCGGCUGCCCUCGCACCGGAACUUCUACAACCGUGGCGGCGAGCGAAACGAAACACGAAGAAACGUGCCUUUUACGAGCGACUGGGCGAAUACUUGUUUCCGCACAGAAAUACGGAAGAAGAUGAACCGACGUCAUUUCAGCAGCAAGAGCCGCCCUCCGCAGGAAGCCAGCACAAGAUGAUGAAGACCUCCACGUUUUUCGGCGGUAAUUUAUCCACCUCGUCCACCGAUGAUCAUCAUCUGCUCACGCAGCCCCCGCGGAAGCUGAAGAUGAAGUUCAUGACGAAGAACCAAAUCGCGCAAGAGAAGCAGCUCGCGUCCUUCCUCGCUAGUACAACGACUACCAGCUUUGAAGGAUCCUUAGGCGGCAUGGCACCGGUCGAUUUGGUCAAGGGUGACACCGAGAAAGUUCACCUCUCUGAUGCCAUUCCGGACAAGAUUGACUUGGAUAUGAACGUGGACAUUGGUUCGCUCGUCAAGAACCCUCUCAGCGUAGUAAACGACGUUGCAGGUCUCGGAGCAAAAUCCGCCUAUGCCGCAAUGACGUACGGCGGCUUGCAUGCGAAAGACGCGUUUGCGUACUUGGCGAACGUCGCCUCGGACAACGUUGCGGCCGGGUACGCGCUGAUGGGAAAGCCGGGGUACGGGGUGCGGUCUGGGGAGGAGAUGAAUUUGUGGAAGAAAACCAGAAGCGACAUCCCCAGCAUGGUGGAACAGAACAACCCGGUAAGUGUAAUUUUGAAGCCAGAGGAGGAGUACAUGGCGGACGUCUCCGCCGACGAGGAGACAGACUUACUCGUCGCCGCCCAGCGGCAGAUAGAGCAGGACCAGGCAGCGGCGCACGCACAGGAGGUGGAAGACGGCGACUUUGCGGGCGACGGCGAUGUGCCGGAGAUUUUGCCGAAGGAGCCGGGUGAAACCGACCCGGCGAUUGAAGGUGCAACGAACAAUCCAGACGACGAAAACCUCCUUGCGGAUGGUCCAGAACUCGAAAACCCGUCGCCAGAGUUGCUGGCCGCCCACAUCCGCGUGCAAAAAGUGAAGCAACUGACGGAGCAGCAAGCGAAGCAGAUCCGCUUAUGAACUCCUGCAAAAGUAUCGUACUAGUAGUAAUUGCAAUUAUACAAAUUGACUCAGCAUGACAAAUGGAAUUUGUCAUGCGGGUUUGCCUAUAAGAAAUGGAUUUGUAAUGCAUGAACGCAAUUAGUACGAGUACGAUACUUUUGCAAUUCAUACCGCUCCCGGCGGAUCAAUUUGACAAAAGACCCGGAGACCGUGCCGACCGAGGAAGCGUACAACGAAUGCUCCCUGGACAUUGCGAAAGCGCUGAAUCUCCAAACCAACGAGCAGCACGCCACGACGCUCCUGGCGAUGGGGCAGCCGGAAGCCGCGAAAAAGUGGACGGACCGAGACCCCUCCAUGGCGCUUCGGGCGUACAAGAGGCUGCAAGAAACGCUGAAUCCGGCCUUUGGCACCGCGUUUGAGGCCGCGUCGACCGCUUCGCAAGCGGGGAAAGCGAAAGCGGGGAGUGCGUAUACGAAAGCGCGGGACCUGGCGAAACCGCUGCUAGGCCCGACGCCGGCAGAAAAGGCGGCGAUGGAGCAGGAAGCGUUCACGGCGGCAAAAGAACGGUACCUACGUGACGAACUGGAGAAAUUGGAAAAACUCGAGGGUGGAGGGGACGGGUCGUCAGGAGGAGCAGGUUCUUCGGCAGACGAGGGGAAGGAGGAGGGGAAUGCCAAUGCGCCGGGUGAAGUAGAUGCGACCGAUGAAGGCCAAAAAGGGUACCUAGACAGAUUGAAGUCUUAUUUCUCUGGUGGAGGAGGCGGAGACGAUGUGUCGUCAGCUUCUGCUUCAAGCGAAGAUACAGGUUCGUCUAAACCGUCCGCAGGGGACGAGGUCGCGCAAAAGCACGCGUGAGUUGUAAUAAACAGAAGCUCUUAAUAAUAGACUCAAACGACGUAGUAGAGUAGAAAUCGUCGAGAACAAGACUGGAGAUGCGCACGAAGAGCUCAUAAGCGAGCCGGAAAUCGGCAGCAACACGGGACAGGAGCGCCAGAACUGCGAAGAAGUCAUGUAGGAUGUAGAUGUGAUUCGUGGUCGUUGUGUGGACACGGUGUAGUUUGGUACCGCCGGCCCUUUAGCACGCGGUUACAUCGAGGAGCUUUUGUUUCUGGUCAUGACCAUCUGGAUUCUGAAAUUGCAAUUUACCGCAAAGCACGGCCUGAUGAACUUUUUUUGCCUUAAAUUCGAUAAUUUUGUUCGAAGAAAGAGAAACUAAGGUGCGCGGGAUGAAAAUAACUACACGUAGAAACUGAAACAAGUUCUUCUGCCCUGUCAGUUCUCUCUGAGAUUAUGUUGUAAGAUUCUGCUGCUCAAAUCCAAAUCAUGAUAAGUCAGAACAAAU